AUGGUGCUCAUGACCGAGCCGCGGUGCGAUGCGGAGGAGCCGAGGGCAGCGCGGGCCGCCGGGCGGCGGGACAACAGGGGCGCUCCGCGGCUCUCAGAUGGAGAAAAUGGAACCGAUGAAAAAAGAAAGGCUGGAAAAUCACCCACUGUGUCACUUCAGACCCCUACCAGUGAAAUGGAGUAUUUUGAUGAACGGAAAAAAGUUGAUCUUGAUAGGACCAAGAGCACCACAGAUAGUCCAGUCCUGACAAGCAAGAGUGACUCCAAGAUUGAAAGGAAAAAACGUGCCUCAAAUCAGCUGAAGGCAAAUGCACACUUUCAUAAGCUGUUUCUAGAUGUUCCCAUUGAUGAGCCGCUGAAACAAAGCUUUACAUGUGCUCUGCAGAAAGAAAUUCUGUACCAAGGAAAGUUAUUCCUUUCUGAAAACUGGAUUUGCUUCCAUUCCAAGGUCUUUGGUAAAGACACUAAGAUUAGUAUACCUGUGCUGUCAGUGACACUUCUGAAGAAAACCAAAACUGCCCUUCUUGUGCCAAAUGCUCUGAUCAUAGCAACGGUGACAGAUAGGUACAUGUUUGUCUCACUACUCUCCAGAGAUACCACCUACAAGCUAUUAAAAUCUAUCUGUACACAUCUUGACGAUGCAAGCAUGGGCAACAGUCCAAAUCCCUCUUCUGCAGAAAACAGCUUCAGGGCUGAUCGCCCUAGAACUCUGCCCCUGGAUUUCACUGAAGAUUAUUCUGAUCUGGAUGGAAUAGUGCAGCAGCGAAGACAAGAGAUGGAAGAGUCCAGCAGCACAGGCUCACAGACACCAGAGCUGGAGUGCUUCCAAGAUUAUCGCGUUGUUGAAACAGAGACUCAUUUGAAAGUUUCCAAGCCUGAGGCCAAGUCUAUUCGUUCAGAUGCACAUAGUAAACGUGGGCCUGAUGGAAAAGCCCGAAACAGUCCUCGAAAUGGCCACUCUGAAGCCUUCAGGUUCCUCCACAAAGUGAAGUCCCAGAAGCUCUUAUCUCUGAACCAUGUACUUGUAUUUUAUGCAAUUCUUGUUUGUGUUUUAAUACUUUCUACCUUCUACAUGAGAUAUAAAAUCAGUGUCCUGGAGGAACGCCUUAUGUCCAUGACAGCCUUUGAUUCACAUAUUAAGGAACAUCAAGUGCACCAAGAUUUGGGAUCUCACCUGCAAAUUAAUGCUGAUGCCCUUUGUGAUGAGUUAACUGCUAAUCUUAGGAAAUUGGAAAAGAUACAGAGCAACUUACAAAAACUACUUGAAGAUGGUGAAUGAAACAUCAAUGUUCUUGGACUGCUUCAGACCUCAUUCUUCUGUUUUGACAAACUGUUCCAAAGGAGCUCUGCUGGCCGGAGUUCAA